AUUACACAAUUUAAUAAGUAAAUAUAUUAUUUGUGCAUUAUUUUCAAUUACAGCUUCAAAUAUUAUAUUUAUUUUGUAACGACGUCAAUAUUAUUGUGUACUGAAUGUUUGACUGUUCAAAUGUUUGGUUAAAUUUGUGCAGAUAACCAAUGGCUGUUUCUCUAUCUGAUUCCAUUCUGGAAGUUAAAACCGAACCACCAGAAUUUCCAAUUGAAGACAUUAAAUGUGAAAUAAAAGAAGAGCCUGGAGAUGAUGAAACAUGUCUGCAGAAAUUCAUGAAUUCCGAUAUAACAAUAGAAGAUGAAGUCAAACAGGAAUCCUAUGAAGCAUCUCAUUAUGAAUGCGAUAUAUGUAAUGAAUCAUUUACAGGGCAGCAUGAUUUAGAACAGCAUAUACUGGUACAUAGUCAUGAUUGUCCAUUUUGUUUAGAUACUUUUCCGGAUUCAAGUGCCUUAGAUAUACAUCUGAAAAUUCAUGCAGAUGAAAAGCCUUUUGUGUGCACAAUUUGCAAUAAAGCAUUUGCUGUAAAAUUUGAUUUUGAUCAACACGUUUGUGUUUGUAAUGGAAAGACAGAUUCAACAUUGAAUAAAUUAUCUGAUAAUCAAAAACAAAGUAAGAGUACACAGAGACCACAUAAAUGUAAAGUUUGUAAUAAGAGUUUCUACUAUCCAAGUUACUUGAAAGAGCAUAUGCUUAUUCACACUGGAGAACGUCCUUACGAAUGUGAAAUAUGCAAUAAGACAUUCAGACAAAUGGGUGUUUUGAGAGCACAUCAACUUAUUCACAGUGGGGUGCGUCCUCACAAAUGUGAAAUAUGCGAUAAGACAUUCACGCAAAUGGCUGCCUUGAUAGCACAUAAACUUAUUCACAGUGGGGUUCAUCCUCACAAAUGUGAAUUAUGCGAUAAGACAUUCAGAACAAUGGGUGCCUUGAGAGCACAUAAACUCAUUCACAGCGGGGUUCGUCCUCACAAAUGUGAAAUAUGCGAUAAGACAUUCACGCAAAUGGCUGCCUUGAUAGCACAUAAACUCACUCACAGUGGGGCUCGUCCUCACAAAUGUGAAUUAUGCGAUAAGACAUUCAGAACAAUGUUUGCCUUGAGAUCACAUAAACUUAUUCACAGUGGGGCUCGUCCUCACAAAUGUGAAAUAUGCUAUAUGACAUUCACACAAAUGAGUAGCUUGAGUGCACAUAAACUCAUUCACACUGGGGAACGACCUCACAAAUGUGAAACAUGCAAUAAGACAUUUGCUCAAGUGAGUACUUUGAAUAGACAUGUGCUUAUUCACACUGGAGAACGGCCUCACAAAUGUGAAAUAUGCGAUAAGACAUUCACACAAGCAAGUAGCUUGAGAACUCAUAUGCCCGUUCACAGUGGGGUACGGCCCCAUAAGUGUACAGUAUGUGAUAAAACAUUUGCAAGACCAAGCAUCCUCAAAAAGCACAUCGUUGUGCACAACAAAAAGUAA